AACAGAUUAAGAGCAACACUAAGUAUAAGAAAGACCAAAGAAAGCUGCAAGCAAUAGACACUCUUUACAAGUUCAACCAGAUUAUGGAAGCCUCUCUUGAACAAAUAGAGGAAAAGUUUGAAGUAAUGAAAAGUGAGAUGGACAAGUCCCAGCCUGACUUUACCUCAGGUAAAAGAAGAAUCAACAUUAAAAAAGAAACUUUGAAGAACAAAAAGAGUCUUCAAAACUCUCAAAUCAGACAACUGCAAGAUCACUUCUCUUAUUUCUAGAAUGACAUAUUUUGCAAAACUAAAGAAGGAAGAGAAAUCCCUCAAAAUCAAAUGAAAGAAAGCCAAAGGAGCAGGAGAUUAUAUCACUAAACAGAAGAAGAUCGAGAGUAAUCUCCAAAAGAUCCAUGAUCUUGAAAAGCGCAUUUAUGAUGAAAAUCUUAAAAUCAAAAGGAAAGGAGAUAAAUUCCUCAAAAUAUCAAAACGAGAAAGAAGUCCUCAGAAAAUGGAAGGACUUAUGGCCCAAAUUAAGGAUGCCAAAUCAAAAAUUAAAAAGCGAGAAGCAGCCUUUGCAACCCAGGAAGUACUCACAUAUGACCAAAUUCUAGAGCAGACAGAUAAACUUGAGCUAGAGAAUGAAGAAUUGCAAGCAAUGAUAGAACAAGUUAAGAUUGAGAAACAACCAGAUCCUAUCGCUGCUGAUAAGAUUAACAAAGAGUUGGAGGAAGUAGAGGCAGAGAGAGUUGAGGCUCAAGAUACCUUCAAUACUUUGCGAAAGGAGAAUGAUCACGAGAUUAAGUUCUCAAAAUAAAAUUACAAAAGAACUUCUUUCCGAGCAUAAAAAAUUAAAAUUUAAACUUGCCGAAGUAUUGAAAGAAGGGAGGAUAUUGACACUUAAAAUGAAGCAAAAGAUAAGGAAAUUGAAUAUGGGAGCUAAAUUGAAUCCUUUACACUAUACUCCUCAGAAUACUAGUUUGAAGAGUAAUGAGGAUUUGAGAGUAAUAAACUCCUCUCUUGGCCAACACUCUUCUGUCAAUCUCAAGAUUACAGAUACAGGCUCAGCUGCUUGCUAUCAGAUUCAGCCGUAUGAAUCAAGCUCUACCAACAACACUAUUCUGCCAAAGCUUAAAUAAUUAACAUUUUCAAGGUUUA